CUUUGUUACCGUGCUGUGUGUUCCUACCCGGACCUGAUUAACAGACGCACCGUUGCCAUGGCAGCUUCAGCUUCUCUUCUAACGAUGCUAACGAUGCUAACAGCAGCUAAACCGUCAGAGAUAGAACACAACAGACGUCACAGUUUAGAUUCUGACGUCAUCACGUCUGUAAACGUCAGCUAGUGUUGAUCUCAGGACGCUAACUGAGCUAACAGCGCUAACAGCGGUCUGAACGGCCGUUAGCUCCUCUCUCUGUCUCUCUGUCUCUGUCUCUCUGUCUGUCUCUGUCUCUGUGUCUGUCUCUGUCUCUGUGUGUGAACGGAGAGUCUCCGGUAGUUUAACGGCGGAACCGACAGCUGAAUGAACAGAACCGACCAGAACUCCAGCAGCAGGUUCUGCUGAAGGAUCAGACGAGCCGUUGGACUCUUCAGGUUCGUGACUGAGAUGGACCUGGACCUGAGCCGGUCCAGACCGGGCCGGUCCAGUCUGCUUCUGGAGGGUUCUCCUGUCACCAUGCCGGUCUACUGGUCUACGCUGACCCCCCCAACAUGUCGGACUGUGAUCCAGCUGCUGUAGAGGAGCAGACGGCUGCAGAGGAACCUCCUCUAGGUCCUGGUCCUCCAAGUCCUGGUCCUCCAGGUUCUCCUGGUCCCGGUCGGCCCCCCCUGGCAGAGAAGGCCCUGUCGGAGUCCUUGGCCCGUCUGCGGUACCGGGACACGUCCCUGCUGGUUUGGCAGCAGCAGCAGCUGGACCUGCAGGCGGCGCCCCCCUCCACCUACCUGACCCGCAGCCGGUCCGCCUGGUACAGCAGCUUCGGGAACCAGGCCGUGCUGGUCCGGGACAAGACGGGCCUGGAGGACGCCGAGGGACGGUCCAGGAUCUGCAGCGUCAUGUAGACCUCUCUGACCUCUGACCUCUGACCUCUCUGACCUCUGACCUCUGAGCUUUCAGCUUCCUGGGAAGUUCUUCAUCUCACAGAGACCCGCCGGUCUGAACCAGAAACCAACACAACCCACCUGGAGAACCUGGUUCUCCUACAGACAGAACCUGGUUCUCCUACAGACUCUCUGUGUUCAGGACCAAGUUAGAAUGAAUCUGCCUCACAUGGAACACCAUUAUACCGGCCCUGGUGAAUACUGGCUUCUGAUUGGCUGCAGGGACUUGCUGGACUCAGCUACAGAAACAUCUGGAUGUGUUCGUCAUGCAAUAACAUUAGCUUUAUGCUAUCAUAAUAUUAGCUUUAUGCUAGCAUAAUGUUAGCUUUAUGCUAUCAUAACAUUAGCUUUAUGCUAGCAUAAUGUUAGCUUUAUGCUAUCAUAACAUUAGCUUUAUGCUAUCAUAACAUUAGCUUUAUGCUAGCAUAAUGUUAGCUUUAUGCUAUCAUAACAUUAGCUUUAUGCUAGCAUAAUGUUAGCUUUAUGCUAUCAUAACGUUAGCUUUAUGCUAGCAUAAUGUUAGCUUUAUGCUAUCAUAAUGUUAGCUUUAUGCUAGCAUAAUGUUAGCUUUAUGCUAUCAUAAUGUCAGCUUUAGCUACAUUAGCUUUAUGCUAUCAUAAUGUUAGCUUUAGCUACAUUAGCUUUAUGCUAUCAUAACAGUAACCUUUGUAUAGGAGGACUACAGAGACCAGAAUGCACUGCAGUGACCUCUGUCAGUGGGUAUUGUGGGAAAUGUAGGAGCUACAGUAUAACAACAGUGUUACAGUUUUAACGGCAACAAUAAAUGUUUUUAUUCUCCUGGAUGAUGUCAUUGUUUUACAUUCAAGGCCAGGUCAUGUGACUACACGUGAAUGAUAUUGCUAUGAUACUACUGUUUGAGUCACGUUUUAAAACAUUCCAAUAAAGAAACUGAAACCUGCA